CUUAUUUCCAUUGCCUGACCCACAUCUUGAUUCUCAGCUACCAUAUCGAACAACGACAUACUAACUUCCUCUGUAUGCGUAGGCGUCCUUUUGUUGAUGCGGGAGGAUGGCGGCAUUCUGUGCAUUCGUGUUUUUGCUUGGGGUGGCAUUGUGUCAUGCCACUCGACAGCCCGAGUUCUUGUCAUCCACUAAGACCGUGACUGCAAGGAAAGGCGACGCUGUCACACUACCUUGUUCUUUCAACUCUUUGGGACGCCACAGAGUUGUUUGGACCGAUGGACAAUUUGUUUUGUUGACGUAUCAGGAUAGACGCGUGUAUCAUGACGAGCGACUAAGCGUGAUUAGACCUUCAGUUGGCGAAUGGAAUCUCGAAAUAAGGGCCUUGACCAUGACUGACCAGGGCCAAUACCACUGUAUCAUUAACACCAGUCCAUUAAGAGAUAUAUCCGUCAACCUGAUUGUAACAGAACGAAACUGACUGGGGAUGGUCUUGUCCAAAGGAUGAGUUGAUGUGAGGGAGCAAGCGGGGAGAGGAAGAGGAAACAUAUCGGCCCUUGCCCUUGCCGAGCUGUUGCAUGUAUUUUGUGUCCUGUGAGGAAUAAAGAGACUCUCAAAGGA